AUGACACCACCAAUCAAGUCACCUUCUUCUUCUUCUUCUCUAAUUGAUUACGAGAAGUUAUCUGAACAACUUAUGACAGCAUACACUAAAGAAACACUACAACGCAAUUUGCGAAAGUUCGACCAACACCGCCAACAACUCAAUCAACUUUUCAACCAGCCUGUGGUUAAAUCAAUAUAUUCAUUAUCUGAUACUAUUGAUAAAUACCGUAACAACCAUACUGGAUUAGAUAUUGUUUUGGAUACUAUUGAUUUAGCAAAAAUUUAUGAACGACUUGAAAUAAGAGACAAUACCAAUAUAGAUAAAAAUUUAGAUUAUGAUGAUCUAUUAGUACUUGAGUUAUUGAAUUAUUUUAAAAAUGAUUUUUUUAAAUGGGUAAAUAGUCCUGACUGUACAUCUUGUGGUUCUAACAAGGAAGUUCAAUCAUUAGGAGCAAUCAAACCAUCAUCAUCAACAACAAUUUCGGAAUCCGAGGCUAAAAUCGAUCAAAUAUCCGUUGUCGAAAUCCAUGAAUGUAAGAAAUGUCAUCAAAGAAUUGAGUUCCCGAGAAUAAACAAUCCAGUUACAUUAUUGACUAGUCGUCGUGGAAGAUGCGGAGAAUGGGUCAAUUGUUUCAUGUUGAUAUUACAAGCAUUGAUCGGUGGUGGCGAUGAAGACAGUGAUAGAAUCAGAUAUGUGUGGAACCAAGAAGAUCAUGUUUGGUGUGAAUACUAUUCAUUAAGCUCAAAACGUUGGAUACAUUUGGAUCCUUGUGAAGGUGUUUUUGAUGAACCGUUGUUGUACUGCAAUAAUUGGGGGAAGAAAAUGAGUUAUGUCAUUGGAUUCAAUCAUAAUUAUAUUAUUGAUUUGAGUGAUAAAUAUAUUGUUCCAGAGAAACAAAUCCCCAAGAAUUCAAUUGUAAAUUCCGAAAAAGUGAAUUUUGCCAUAUCAUAUUUGAACAGUGUCAAACAAUUAACCUACCUUAAGACAAUUGAACAACAUUACCAAGGAGUUGAUGUACAAGAGAAGGAAAAAUUGGGUUUACUUAAGGUUUAUCGUAAUUUUCUUGUUCCAUAUAACAAGGAAAUCGCCCAAAUAAAACCAGAAUCAACAGAAACUACACCAUCGUCGGAUUUACCAUUGGGUAGACAAUCGGGAUCAACUGAAUGGACUAAGACUCGUGGUGAAAAUGGAGAAUCCUAA